AUGACGUGGCACGAGGAACCUCAUGAGCCCACCCGAAGGGAAAAGUAUUAUCAGAAAAGGAAUGCAGCGCAAACAAGAAUCCUCAUAGUGACACAGCAGAAAGAGCCAUCUCUAAAGAAUGAAAAGCAGAAGAAUAUAUUAAAAGUACAACGCAGUAAAAUGAAUCAUGGGAAAGAAGAUGUCCCACAAGGAGGAUACCUUAAAAUGACGCAACAUAAAAGGACAAAACUUCAGGAAAAUCGAACAAGAAAUAUUAUCCUAAAAGAAAUACCACACACAGAGACAUCUUCAUAUUGA